GAGAGGGGUUGUUGCUAUGGGGAUGGAGAGGGGGCUCGCAGGCAGCAUCUGGAGCCUGUGUCUUUCCCAGCCCGAGGCAGCUGGAUUUGGAGGGAAGCAAAACUAAAAGGAGGUGGCAGAGAGAGACAGAGGCACAGCAAAAUGCAUGCAUGUUAGAGGAGGGACCUUCCCAGAAUGAGAGUACAGUGGGAUGCAGAAGAGCGGGGACACCAAACUGCCAGCCAGCGGUGGCUCGGCUGGGUAGGACAAACCUGAUUUUCUGCUCUGAUUGACACCGGGAACAAGUCCGGUGAGAGCCCAGCGUGUAGCAAGAUGGGAUCUGCCUCCUCGACUUACCGGCCCAAGUGUAUUUAUUUGGACAUUGACGGAAGAAUUCAAAAGGUGAUCUUCAGUAAAUACUGCAAUUCCAAAGAUAUUAUGGACCUUUUCUGCAUCGCAACAGGGUUACCAAGGAACACAACCAUCUCCCUUUUGACAGCUGACAACUGCAUGGUGUCCAUUGAUCCCACGAUGCCCGCAAACACAGAGAGGUCUCCAUACAAAGUGAUCCCGGUUGUGACAGAGCAGCUCUCAGAGAAAGAAGAAUUGUUCCAGAAUUUAUUGGGACAGAUUGCUGAGCAGUUCUCGAGGGUUUUUAAAAUCAAUGAACUGAAAACGGAAGUAGCUAAUCACUUGGCAAUGCUGGAGAAAAAGGUUGAAUUGGAAGGCCUGAAAGUGGUGGAGAUUGAGAAAUGCAAGCGCGACAUUAAAAAGAUGAGGGAGGAGAUGGCAGCCAGAAGCAGCAGGACUAACUGUCCCUGCAAGUACAGCUUUUUGGAUGAAAACAAGAGGCCAGCUCCCCGGCGGGAUGUACCAUCCUACCCAAAGUACAUGCUGUCCCAGGAGACCAUCGAGGCUCUGCGGAAACCAACCUUUGACGUCUGGCUGUGGGAGCCCAACGAGAUGCUGAGCUGCUUGGAGCACAUGUACCACGACCUCGGGCUGGUGAAAGACUUCAACAUCAAUCCCAUCACGUUGAAGAGGUGGCUGCUGUGUAUUCACGACAACUACAGAAACAACCCCUUCCACAAUUUCCGGCACUGCUUCUGCGUCACCCAGAUGAUGUACAGCAUGAUCUCGCUCUGCAACCUCCAGGAGAAAUUUUCCCAAAUUGACAUUUUGAUUCUCAUGACUGCAGCAGUGUGCCAUGACUUGGACCAUCCUGGCUAUAACAAUACCUACCAGAUCAACGCGCGGACGGAGCUGGCCGUGCGCUACAACGACAUCUCCCCGCUGGAGAACCACCACUGCGCCGUGGCCUUCCAGAUCAUCUCCCAGCCAGAAUUCAACAUCUUCUCCAACGUGGACCAGGACCAGUUCAAGCAGAUAAGACAGGGGAUAAUUACGUUAAUCCUGGCGACAGACAUGGCGAGACAUGCAGAAAUACUGGACUCCUUCAAGGAAAAAAUGGAAAACUUCGAUUACACAAAUGAAGAACACAUGACCUGUCUGAAGAUGGUACUGAUAAAAUGCUGUGACAUCUCCAACGAAGUCCGCCCGAUGGAAGUAGCAGAGCCCUGGGUAGAUUGCUUACUGGAGGAGUACUUUAUGCAGAGUGACCGAGAAAAAUCCGAGGGGCUGCCGGUGGCGCCGUUCAUGGACCGCGACAAAGUGACCAAACCGACGGCACAGAUCGGCUUCCUCAAGUUCGUCCUCAUCCCCAUGUUCGAAACAGUGACGAAGCUAUUCCCACAAGUGGAGGAGGUGAUGCUCCAGCCUCUGUGGGAAUCCAGGGACCACUACGAGGGGUUAAAACAGAUAGACGAUGCUAUGAAAGAGAUCCAUGACAAAACCUGCCCGAAUGGCAUCACAGGGUAG